GCCGAAACCAGCAUUUUCUUUAAACACUCGCCUUCUUUUCUGCAUAGAAGUAAAGAAACUCCUGGACAAGAGUGCUGUAACAGGAAGUGUUUGUAGCAUGGGGAGUAAGGAGCGAUAUCACUGGCAAACCCAAAAUGUGAAGGUCAGCGGGGUGGACGACAUGGUCCUCCUUGCCAAAAUCAGCGAAGAUGCCAUCACGGAUAACCUCAAGAAAAGAUACAUGGAUGACUUCAUCUUUACAUACAUUGGCCCUGUGCUGAUCUCUGUAAACCCUUUUAAGCAGCUGCCAUAUUUUACUGACCGUGAAGUGGAGCUGUAUCAGGGAGCUGCACAAUAUGAGAAUCCCCCACAUAUUUAUGCUUUGGCUGACAACAUGUAUCGCAACAUGAUGAUCGAUGGAGAGAACCAGUGUGUCAUCAUCAGUGGAGAGAGUGGGGCAGGCAAGACAGUAGCAGCCAAGUACAUCAUGAGCUACAUCUCCAAAGUGUCAGGAGGUGGACCUAAAGUUCAACAUGUUAAAGAUAUCAUCCUUCAGUCUAACCCUCUGCUGGAAGCUUUUGGGAAUGCCAAGACAGUGCGCAAUAACAACUCCAGUCGUUUUGGAAAAUACUUUGAGAUCCAGUUUAGCCGUGGUGGAGAGCCUGAUGGAGGAAAAAUUUCUAAUUUUCUGUUGGAGAAAUCCAGGGUGGUGUCUCAAAACAGUGGGGAAAGAAAUUUCCAUAUUUACUACCAGCUUUUGGCAGGGGCUACCAAAGAGCAGAGGGAAAAUCUGGGCAUUACUGCUCCUGAUUACUAUUUUUAUAUGAACCAGUCUGGAACCUACACUGUGGAUGACAUCAAUGACAAGAAGGAAUUCUCUGACACCAUGGAGGCUAUGUCAGUUAUAGGUCUAUCUCUGGAUGAACAAGAUGCUGUGCUGCAGAUUGUGGCAGGGAUUCUUCAUCUGGGCAACAUUACUUUCAAAGAGGAGGGCAAUUAUGCUGUGGUGGAAAGUGAAGAUUUUCUUGCUUUCCCAUCCUAUCUUUUGGGAAUAUCUCAGGAUGGCUUGAAGAAGAAACUGACCAGUCGGACCAUGGACAGUAAAUGGGGGGGCAAGUCUGAGAGCAUAUCUGUCACCCUGAACACAGAGCAGGCCUGCUUUACUCGCGACGCUUUAUCGAAAGCGCUCUAUGCGCGACUUUUUGACUUCCUCGUUGGUGCAGUAAACAAAGCCAUGCAAAAGGACCAUGAGGAAUUCAACAUCGGAGUUUUGGACAUUUACGGCUUCGAAAUCUUCCAGCAAAAUGGAUUUGAGCAGUUCUGCAUAAACUUUGUGAACGAAAAGCUUCAGCAGAUUUUUAUUGAGCUCACUUUAAAGGCUGAGCAGGAAGAGUAUAUACAGGAAGGAAUCAAAUGGACACCAAUUGAAUACUUCAACAACAAAAUCGUGUGUGACUUAAUAGAGUCCAAAGUGAACCCUGUGGGGAUCAUGAGCAUUUUGGAUGAUGUGUGCGCUACCAUGCACGCCAAGGGUGAAGGUGCAGACCAAACCCUGCUUCAGAAGUUGCAGACGCAGAUUAGCUCUCAUGAGCACUUCAACAGCUGGAACAAGGGCUUCAUAGUGCAUCACUAUGCAGGAAAGGUAUCAUAUACUGUGAACGGCUUUUGUGAGAGAAACAGGGACGUGCUCUUCAACGACAUAAUCGAGCUGAUGCAGAGCAGUGAAUUUGCCUUUAUCCAAGACCUUUUCCCAGAGAAUCUUGAGGCAGAGAAAAAGGGUCGACCCACCACUGCGGGCACCAAAAUCAAGAAACAGGCCAAUAACCUGGUGCAGACGCUGAUGAAGUGCACUCCUCAUUACAUUCGCUGCAUAAAACCCAACGAGACCAAGAAAUCACGGGACUGGGAGGAGAGUCGAGUAAAGCACCAAGUGGAGUAUCUGGGGCUGCGGGAAAACAUCCGUGUACGGAGAGCUGGCUACGCCUUCCGUCGCGUCUUCAGGAAGUUCUUACAGAGAUAUGCCAUCCUGACUAAGGAGACAUGGCCACAGUGGCGAGGAGAUGAAAAACAGGGUGUCCUGCACCUCCUGAGGUCCGUCAACAUGGAGCCAGACCAGUACCAACUGGGCAAGAGCAAGAUCUUCAUUAAGGCCCCAGAAUCACUGUUUCUUCUGGAAGAGAUGAGGGAAAGAAAGUAUAAUGGAUAUGCGCGGGUCAUCCAGCAAGCCUGGCGUAGGCAUAUUGCUGUCCGCAAAUAUGUCCGGAUGCGGGAGGAAGCAUCUGACAUCCUGUUAAAUAAAAAGGAGCGGCGGAAGAACAGUCUCAACCGUAACUUUGUGGGUGAUUACAUUGGCACGGACAAUCGGCCGGAGAUCCGGCAGUUUGUGGGUCGCAGGGAAAGGAUUGAAUUUGCUGAUGUGGUGAUUAAAUACGAUCGCAGAUUUAAGACUGUCAAGCGUGACCUGAUCUUGACAUCCAAAUUCCUCUACCUGAUUGGGCGGGAAAAGGUAAAGCAAGGUCCAGAGAAGGGACAGAUUCAGGAGGUGCUCAAAAGGCAGAUUGAGCUGGAGAAAAUUCAGUCUGUCUCACUGAGCACUCUGCAGGAUGACUUCUUCAUUUUGCACGAGGAGCAUUAUGACAGUGUGCUGGAGUCUGUGUUUAAAACAGAGUUUUUAAGUCUUCUCUACAAACGUUAUGAGGAAAAGACGCGGAAAAAGCUGCCACUCAAGUUCAACAACCUACUAGAAUUCAAAGUGAAAAAAGGUGGUUGGGGGCCGUUCGCAGCUGCUGGCUCUCGUCAGAUCCAGUUUCAGGCAGGCCAGGGGGACAAUCCUGUGCUCAAACCCAGUAACAAGGCACUGAUUGUGAGCAUCGGACCCGGCCUUCCCAAGAACUCAAGGCCCACGCGUCGUGACAAGAGGAAGAGCAGAUACGUGGAAAAUCAAACCACAGGGAAAUACUCGCAAGAGCGUUCAAUGGGCACUAGGCAAGGAGGAGGAGCAAACCGGAGUCGUCAGUCCAACUCCAGAGCGUCUCUGCUACGACAGCAGUCAAGUAUGGAUCAGCCCAGCCUUCCCCGUUACCAUGGUCCUCGGGCCAGCCCGAAUCAGCUAAAGAUCACCAAUGACAUGGGCUUCAUGAAAGUCCCUGACCAGGGAGUGGCAGGUCUUCAUCGACGGAUGUCAAAAGAGGUUAAGCCUGUCCCUGGAGCAGGUGUGCCAAAGCCAGCGCCGAGGCCCAAACCUCGCACCCCACAGUGCCGUGCUCUGUAUGCAUAUGAUGCACAGGAUACCGAUGAGCUCAGCUUCAAUGCAGAUGAUGUAAUAGAGAUAUUAAAUGAAGAUCCUUCAGGUUGGUGGUUUGGUCGGCUAAGAGGAAGAGAAGGCAUGUUUCCUGGGAACUAUGUUGAAAAGAUUUAGAGCAGGACACUAGCAGUGGAAAAUUUUAUUUCUUGAAUUUCAAUCAGCUAUAGAGCAAAUCCAAAUACACGACUAAUCAUGAGAUGGUAUUAGGAUGUAUACAUGCACCUGUUACAGUGGACCUGAGAACCUUCAUAUGAAUAUCAGAGAAAAAGUAAUCCAAUUAAAUGGAUUUUAUCUUUAUGAUCAUGUUUUAGGACUUUGAAAUUGUUUUUUUUGUUUGUUUUUUUAAGAUCAUGAUGUAUUUUUACAAAUUUAUAUGGUUCAAAUUGGGUAAAAAAAAACUAAAAUACAUUCUAACUUUUUUUUAUAAGUCUUAUAAGUUGUUUUAUAAUCAUUAACAGUUUUUUUAUGUAUGUUUAAUAUCAGCAGACUGUGUCAUCUGGAUGCAUACUCAUAAUGAGCAACUGUUAAAAAAAUAAUCUAAGAUUCUUAAAAUAAAUAAUUAAAUAAAUAAAUAAUGACAAUAAAUUAGAAGACUUCUGAAUAAAUGUGCUCUAUCAAUUUAUAAUGAAUUCCUUGAGUUCAAUAAAUUGCCUUUUAAAUUGUGCAACAUCCUAAUCAGCUUAAUACACAGGAGCAUUUGAAAAAAGCUGUCUUAAACAUUCAGUAAGCCUAAUAAACAUUGUCGGAUAUGGCAUUUUUUAAGCUGAUGAUUGUGUGAAGUUACAGUCAAAACAUUUAAAGUUUAAUACAUUCGUAGUAGAAAACUGAAUCUCAAUUAGGUUCACUUGGUGAAGCUGAUCCUGAUCCAGAUCCUGACUUGGGAAGCUCAUCCCAAAUGUCCUUGGUGGCCGUGCCAAGACUGGGUCCCUUUCUUCACUAACCUUGUAACACAAAAUGUGUUUCUGAACCUUGCAUAUCUAUGCUCAGAAGCAGUUUCUUUCCAGUCUUGAACUACACUUAUGCAGUGACUACAGGACAUAUCGAUUACUUUGACAUAUGUACAAAUCUGCAGCAACAAAUAAAGUGUGCAAUUCUACAGUCUAUGAAAGACUAAGAGGUAAUACAAUACUGAUUUUUUCCAUGAGUCAUAAUGCAUCAUGUGUUCAUGGAUCUUGAUUUGUGCACUGGGGUAUUAUCAAUGCUCAAACAGGUUUGGCCACCUUAGUUUUGUUAAGGAAAAUUGCAAUUCCACAGAAUACAAAGGCAUCCUGAACAAUUGUGUGGAGAGCCCAACAUGAC